AUGAAUAUUUGUCCGAGGAAAACAUAUGAAGAAAUUGAGAGUGCUUCAACCUACUACUGGAACUAUCAACGCUAUCAAAUGAUUGCCGACUACGUGCGGCGCUCACCGUUGGUGCCUCCGUUGAUCAUAUUUUGGCAUUUCUACGAGGCUUACAAAGCGCUAGGCAAUCGUUGUGCAAGCAUCCGAAGCACCGAACAAAUUGAGAAUAAUCCCUUCUGUAAGCAGUUCCCUUUUCUCCUCAAUGCUCCAGUCCAAUCCCCUCACUCGAUUAAGACUGACGGUGUGACGUUUAAGGAUGUGAAGAAGGAGCGGGAGAUGGUGAAGUGGGAGCACAUGAAGGCGAUGGACUACCUCCGCGAACCAUCAACUAAAUCAGGCGGCAAACGCGGUGGCGUGGAGUCCAGGGCCGUCGUCUUUCGCGGCGUGGGUGCUGGCAGCGGAAUGGGUCCGGGGCCGAUGAUGGACCUCAAGUCCGAGAUGACAGCUGUCACUGAACUAAAAGCCGACAAAAUGGAUGCCUAG